CACAGACAACAAAACUCUUUCUUUCUUCGCCUAUAUCAAAACCGUAGGUAGGUAAUUUAGUUCAAAAAUUUGUUUAAAGGUCGUCCAGGUAUUUACAUGUAUCAACAGAUGUUAUUCAUUAAUUCGUACACAGUGAGAGCUGACGUGUGUGUUGUUAUCGCGCUAAAUAAUAUUCUGUUAUCGCACACGGUUAAAAUGGUUAAUUACGUUUCGUGUACGAAUCGGUUCAAUUGACAAAAUAAAUAAAUGUCCACCAUUAACUGGUUAGACAUUGUUUCGGUUGCAGCAAUUGUAACAUCGGUUCUUCAGAUUUUAACCGGAUCCCUUGUGUGCUGCAAAUACAUUAGGAAACAGUCCACCGGUGAAUCGUCAAUAUUCCCAUUCGUAAGUGGAUUUCUAUCGUGUAGCCUGUGGCUGUUGUACGGCUUACUUACUCAAGUGCUAACUGUGAUCAUUGUAAAUGGAAUUGGCACGUUAUUGUUCCUAUCCUACACAAUCACGUUCUUCGUGUACACACCGGACCGAAGUAAAAGUGUGAAAUACAUUUUGGUCACAAAACUCAUCCUAUUCGCAGCCGUUGUGUAUGUACGUUACGAUCCGAAUGUGACGAGGUCCACGCAUUUUAUUGGCUUACUAUGCUGCCUGGUCUUUGUGGUCUUUUGUGCAGCGCCACUGUCGAUGCUCUUCAAUGUGAUAGAGACGAAGAGCACCGAAAUUCUGCCAUUUCCACUGAUAUUGGGAUCGUGUGUCGUUUCACUGAUUUGGUUUGUGUACGGGUACAUGAUUGAAGACACAUUCAUACAGGCAAGUAAUUAUGCGAUGUUUUUGUUGUUCUUUCUCUUUACAAAAAAUAUUUUCAAUUGGUUGCAGAUACCAAAUUUCCUGGGAUUUCUUUUAUCGAUAUCGCAGCUCGUUUUAUUUUUUAUUUAUCCCAACCACCGCCACGAACCGUUAUUGGGAUCGACUGAUCAGCAGAUUGUUUUUGUCGUUUCGGAUAAUGUACCGUACAAGACAUUUUAAUUCGAAAUAAAGGGCGCGAAAUAUUGUUGUU